CGGGGCACCUGCAGGGCACCUCGCCAUGGCUUCUGAAUCUUCUGAGUGUGGGGACGAGGAACAGCCUCAAGUUCCUCCCCUUCAGGCAGUACAGACUCUGAGGGCAGAGUUUGACAUUUUUGCUGCGCGGCUGCGCGAAAAAAUUGUGAAUGUGGAGCGAAAUCUGGGCAAGGCCGGCCAUGGGCUCAACCAUGGUCUCCAUCAAACCGCUCGCACCUCGCCGGGAACGCUUCAUGAGCUCCACGCCGAUGGAGGUGGCUCCAUCUCAGUGAACCCAAAGAUCUGGAAUGAUGCUGCCAGGUCCAGUACAUCCUUCACAGAUGCCACCGGGGGAUCGAGAUCGCUGGACCCAUGUGCCUUCAAAGAUUUCACUCCCUAUCGCAAGAGCGUGGAGAGCUCUGGGGUCUGGGUGCAAGAACCUCCAGCCUUGGAAGAGCAUCGAUUGAGGCGUGUCGAGGCGAUGGCGAUGACGCCGAAGCGACGUUACACAUCCUUUGGACCCCUCCAUUCCGUGCGCAACGAGCUCGGGAGCGACUUCCGCUUGCACAACCGUUGGCUUCAGCUCUCCAUGCAAUGCGAUGCCAACGCAGCGGUGGCGGAGUUCAGGAAUGCUGCUCGAAAAUCCUCCAAGCCCCGACCUUCGAAGAAAACCUCCUCGCGAAACGAUAUGCAACACCUCUUCCUCCAAUCCCUUCAUCCUGGCGGUCGCUUGCGAGUGGCCUGGGACUCCGUGGCCAUGUUCUUGCUGUUCCUGGACGCAUGCCUUCUACCCGUGUCUUUUGCAUGGGAAUGGGAGAAAGAUACCACCACCACAAGCAGCACCGUCUUCUUGGUGAUUUUCAUGGUGGGUUUGGUGUUCUGGAGCCUGGAUAUUCUCCUGAACUUCAACACCAGCUACUUUGCAAAGGGCUCUUUGAUCACUUCGCAGCGAGAAAUUGCCAAACACUACCUCUUCACCUGGUUUUUGUUGGACGCGUCCUUGGUUGUCCUUGACUACUUCACAGUGGCUCACACCUGGAUGGAGGACAGAUUUGCAGAUUUGACCUACACGCGCUUGGUGCGCAUCCUCCGCAUCAGCCGCCUCGUUCGCCUCGUGAAGAUGGCGAAGAUUGAGGGAGUUCUACAGGAAUUCGCGGCUUCAACAGGGAGGCAGUGGGUGAUGCUCGUGGUGACGUUUUUCAACACGUCCACCUUCAUGUUGUUGUUUGAGCACAUUGCGUCCUGCGUUUGGUUUGGCCUGGCCCAUUCCGAGUUGGCGAACAGCUGGAUCGAAGUGCAGGGCACGGCGCAAAGUUUGCCGUUGAUCCAAUAUCUACACGCCUUCAGGUGAGA